CUCCUUGGCUUGUGGCUAAGAAAAGAUAUAUUCUUCGACGAUGGCCUGUAAUUGCAUGUCGUGAUGAAAGUGAAGGCAAUAUGGAAGACCUAGAGAAGGAUCAAAUACGGAAAAAGUAUAAUUAUUACUUUCAAUCUCGACAACUUCAAGUGCUCAAGUCAACCUUCGACGCUUUUGACGUGGACAGAAAGGGAUACAUCGAUGCGGAUAUGAUCGGCACAAUCAUGGAUAUGUUGGGAACACACGUAAUGGAAGAAGAAUUAGAAGAAAUUAUUGACGAAAUUGAUGAGGAUGGAAAUGGAGAAGUGAGUUUUGAGGAAUUCGCGAAUUUGGCUGCAAGGUUUCUUGUCGAAGAAGAGGAAGAGGAGGAGGAUACAGAAGCGAUCCAAACCGAACUGAAAGGCGCAUUCAGACUAUAUGAUAGAGAAGGAAAUGGAUUCAUCACUAUCGAAGUUCUGAGGGAAAUACUAAGAGAGUUGGACGACAACCUGACUGAAGAUGACCUUGACAAUAUGGUUGAUGAAAUAGAUACCGACGGAUCUGGUACAGUGGACUGGGAGGAAUUCAAAGCUGUCAUGAUUGGUUGAAAACUAUCAACGAGAAUUUCAAAUAGCAUUUAUUCACAAUAUUCAUCAUCACCAUGUAUGCCAGUUAUCACUAAUAAAACUAGUUUUCAGAGCAAA